AUGGCCGACAGAGUUAGACUCAUUAUUCAGAAACGAACGUCGUUAAAAUCUCAAAUAACGACCUUAUCUAAUCUCCUCGAUAAAAACAAAAUCAAUGGUGCCGCGUUGAAACUCCGAAAUGAGCGUUUGACCGAGUUAUACCGUGCGUACGAGGAAUACAAUGACGAGCUCGCGUUAUUAGAGCCAAGCGACGCGCAUGAGGAAGAAUUCGCGAACAUUCAAGAGCGCUUCUACGCUCUCGCGGGCAGAAUAGACGACAUAAUAAAUGAGACCGCGACUUCAAGUGCAGGCAACAGCGUGUUAAACGACGACGAUCGGGCGCGAUCCGACAAUAGCGGGACCGCGACGGUUGCUAAAAAGCGACGAAUUAAGUUGCCAGAGGCCUCCCUGCCAAUGUUCAACGGUAAAUUCGAAAAUUGGCUGUCGUUUAAAAACGCGUUUAAUAACAUGAUAGGUUCGCAAACGGACUUGUCAGAAAUCGACAAAUUGCAUUAUUUAAAGUCGGCUCUAACCGGUGACGCAGCCAGCAAGGUAUCGAUCUUUGCCGUCGACGGAACAAAUUAUACAAAGGCAUGGGAGCUGCUUGAGCGUGCUUAUGAGGUAAAGCGAGUCUUAGUGUCCCGUCAUCUUUCGCUAAUUCUAAAUUUGCCCGUGUUAGAAAAAGAGACGACGAGCGGUUUAACCAAGCUGGCCGACGACGCGCAGCAACACAUUGCGUCAUUAAACGUGCUAGGUAUCUCUGUGGGAUCCGAGAUGGUCGUUCAUAUCCUCGAGAGUAAAUUACCGAAAGUGACCUUAGAAAAAUGGGAGCAAACUCUCGAAAGAGAUGAGCUUCCCAAACUCGAGGAAAUGUACGAGUUUCUGUACAAGACCGCGGUAUGCGCGUCUAAACGCGAGAGAGCCAAGGUAGCGGAAGCGGAGAGAUGCAAGGGCGAGCCUCCGAUCAAAAGAAAGCCGAAAUAUCCAGAAAAUAAGGCUUUCAUGCUAAAUGUCGCACGCAACUGUGUAGCAUGUAAAACACGGCGCCAUCCUCUAUACUUGUGCGAUAAAUUUAAACAAUUGCCGGUGCCUAAGCGCAUCGAGAUGGUGAGAGCCGCUAAAGUCUGCUAUAAUUGUUUGCAUUCUCAUCGAGAUCGCCCUUGCAAGUUCUCCAAUUGCACUAUCUGCCAAAAACGCCACAACACUCUCCUGCAUCGCGAGGAUUUUGCGGUAAAACCCGACGCGACAAGGGCUGACGCAACUCAGUCUUGA